AUGUUCAUAUUCAGACGUUCUGGAGAGAAAGUCAGUGCCUCGAACAAACGCAAGACAGGCGUAAACGAUGCGAAGAGGCAGGUUCAGAAACAGGGAGAUGACCUGGUUGAUUUCAUCGACGGGCGGUUGAUGUCGCGUCCUCACGGCUUCAACAAGACGACGGCGGGCGAAGAGCUGGCCCCCGACCUCGCACCAGUGUUACCGUGGGUGGCCACCCCACAUACCGGCUGGUCGUCUCACGCCCCGCCUAAUCCACCAGAGUUGAUGACAAGAGCGCUUGACGACCUUCAGGGGAUCAUCGACACCUACGAGAAAAUGAGUACCCAGGCAAACAAUAUCAAGAAACCAUCUUGGAUGCGUUGGGAACAGGAUGGAAAGGAAUUGUCCGAGCUGAACGAACAUGCAAUGGGCUUUGCAGCACAGACGGUCAACUCGACCAUCAUGCCAGGAUGCCAUGGGUACACAACUCAACCACCUGCAAACGCUGGCGACAUUGAGAGGGUGGCCUGGGAGUUGAUCGAACCAGGAAGAUCAAAGAAAUCGGAGGAAACAUGGGGAACGGCUGCUCAAGAGCAGGUGAAAUGUUUUACCGGGGUCUUGAGGCUGCUGCCCCCAAAGAACUAA